CGACUUUCCUUUCUUGAACCAACCCACACCACUCCCCAAAACUUCCCCCAUUCCCCCAACCCUCUCUUCCUUCCCCUUUUGUAUCUCAAGAACAAAGAAGCAAGAAGAAGCAGAAGCCAGAAGCCUUCCUUUUUCUCCCAUCUCUCCCUUUUUUUGGGUUUCAUUUUACUUACCCUUUUUAAUGCUUUACUCCUAAAUUCCUCUCAAGAUCAGACCUAGCUACCCAAACAAGCAAGCUAGAAAAAGAAAGAAGAUCACAAAGAAAGAAGGAAGAUCCCAACGGUAGUGGUGGGAAAAAAAUGGCGAGGGAGAAGAUAAAGAUAAGGAAGAUCGACAACGUGACGGCGAGGCAGGUGACGUUUUCGAAGCGGAGGAGAGGGCUGUUCAAGAAAGCCGAGGAGCUGGCCGUCCUCUGCGACGCCGAGGUCGCUCUCCUCGUCUUCUCGGCCACCGGCAAGCUCUUCGAGUACUCCAGCUCCAGCAUGAAAGGGAUACUUGCACGGUAUAGCCUGCACGCUAACAACCUCAACAAGCCUCAACAGCCUUCCCUUGAAUUACAGCUGGAGAACAGCAAUUACAUCCGUCUGAGCAAGGAAGUUUCUGAAAAGACCCAUCAACUCAGGCAGCUGAGAGGGGAGGAUCUGAAUGGAAUGAGCAUCGAGGAACUUCAUCAGCUCGAAAGGAAGCUCGACUCUGGUCUCCAACGAGUCAUUGAAACAAAGUCGGACAAGAUCAAGAACGAGAUAUCUUCCCUGGAAACAAAGGGAGCACAGCUGCUGGAGGAGAACAGAGAACUGAAGCAGAAAGUGAUGAUGAUGGUAAGGAUGAACGAGGGGAAGGAACCGGCGGCGGCUGCAGCGCCGGCGAAUUAUCUGGACAUUAACAUGGUGGUAGCAGCGGCAGCAGAUGAUGACGAUGAAGAUCAGCAAGAAGAAGAAGAAGGGAUGUCGUCGGAGUCCGCCGCCAAUGUUUGCAGCUGUAGCAGCGGCCCUCCGGUUGAAGAUGAUUGCUCCGACACUUCUCUCAAACUUGGGCUGCCGUUUUGAACGCUUUGACAGCAUGCACGAGGCCAGCAAAAAAAAAGGGCUGCUGCUGUAUGUUCGUACGUAAUAAUGUUAAGAGUCGGAGACAUAGAAUGCAUAUGAUCAAUUAAUUAAAUCUUUGGGUGUUGUUUACUGUUCGGACUGUCAUAAUUAUCUCGUCGAUAAUGGUAGCUUCGCCGCGCUGAUCAUCAUCGCCCAACUAAAAUGACUGGAGACUGAUGUGUUAAUUAAUUAAGCGGUGGUCUAAUGUUAUGUGAACUGCUUAUUAUUGCCACGGAUGACUUUUUGUGACUGUUUUAAUCAAGUUAAGAUUUGGUGAUGAUGAGAAUAUAUAUAUAU